AUCAGCAACGUACACUACACUAUUAACGACAAGUCGAGAACCAACCAAACUAAAGAAAACCAACAAAAGGUCUCAACUAAAAAAAAACAAAAAACAAAAUAAAUCAAUGUGCUAGCUUAAAGAUGCAAAUGCACCAUUCAAUCAGAGUCUCUCUUGAAGUUAGUCACUGAUGAGCUUAAACUAGACAAAAAGAAAAUGACUACGUUUCUGAAGUCACUCAUCUUCUUACAAGAUUCAUGUCUUGCCUUCCUCUCUCUAAUGUUCCAUCGAGGGAGUUCUGAGGAUGCAGCUGAAGCUCUCAAGAAGCUUGAAACAUCCAUAAAUGGUGCGAGGAUAAGCUUCGACACGACAUGGACACGAGAAUUUAGGAGCUUAUUUAUAGUUCCCUUAUUCAAGUGUUUGGUGGCUUUUUGUUUGAUAAUCUCCCUCUUAGUUUUCAUAGAGGGUAUAUACAUGAACCUUGUAGUACUCUACGUCAAGGUGUUUGAGCGAAAACCCGAAAAAGUUUAUAGAUGGGAGGCGAUGCAAGAGGACAUUGAGCUUGGACAUGAAACCUACCCCAUGGUCCUUGUCCAAAUUCCAAUGUACAACGAAAAAGAGGUCCUUCAAUUAUCUAUAGGUGCUGCAUGUAGACUAAUAUGGCCAUUGGACCGCCUAAUUGUUCAAGUUUUAGAUGAUUCCACUGAUCAAACCAUCAAGGAGCUGGUGAACACAGAGUGUGCAAAAUGGGAAAGCAAAGGUGUAAAUAUAAAGUGUGAGAGGAGAGACAACAGAAAUGGCUACAAAGCCGGAGCUCUUAAAGAAGGCAUGAAGCACAACUACGUGAAGCUAUGCAAUUAUGUCGUCAUCUUCGACGCAGACUUCCAACCGGAGCCUGAUUACCUCCAACACUCUGUCCCCUUCCUCGUUCAUAACCCCGAGGUCGCUCUGGUUCAAGCCCGAUGGAGAUUCAUGAACGCAAACAAGUGCUUGAUGACGAGGAUGCAAGAGAUGUCCCUCAACUACCACUUUAUGGCAGAGCAAGAAUCUGGAUCCACUAGACAUGCCUUCUUUAGCUUCAAUGGAACUGCGGGUGUAUGGAGAAUGGCCGCGAUGGAAGAAGCUGGAGGAUGGCAUGACCGGACUACUGUAGAGGACAUGGACUUGGCCGUUCGUGCUGGUCUUCUCGGCUGGAAAUUUGUCUUUCUCAAUGACCUCACGGUGAAAAGCGAGUUACCAAGCAAGUUUAAGGCCUUUAGAUUCCAGCAACAUCGAUGGUCUUGUGGUCCAGCUAAUCUCUUCAGGAAAAUGAUUAUGGAGAUUAUUCGCAAUAAGGUCCUUUUCUCAAUCUACUUAUUUAAUCUUGACAAAAACGUGCCCACAAUUUUUUUUGUCACACGUCCAAUAACUACUUUGGUUUUUUGUUCAUCUUGUUAAUAUGGAGAGACAAACAGGCCAUGUGAUGUGAGGCUGACGUACAAUAUUUUUUGUUUUGAUUGGUCACUUCGAUGGGGAUUGAUUUUUUCUUCUGUUUUGUUGUUUCUUUUAUGCUUUAAGAAGAUGCACACACACAAAAAAAAUGUUGCAUUUGAUUUGGUAAUCUGAUGGGUUAGAAGACCGGUUUGGUUCAAUCUAGUAUUAUUUGGUUCGGGUUUAGUUAAACCGAGUCGUAUUAAAAGAUUACUCUAAAACAAAUAAUUAAUUCAUGAGUAGAUAUCUAACCUUAAUCUACAAAUCUAUGUAAUAAUGACUUAAUGAGCAGAGAGUGACGAUUUGGAAGAAGUUGUAUCUGGUCUACAGCUUCUUUUUCUUACGGAAGAUCAUAGUCCACUGCUUCACUUUUAUUUUCUACUGUGUUAUUCUUCCUACAAGUGUCUUCUUUCCCGAAGUCAACAUUCCAGCUUGGUCAACUUUUUACAUUCCCUCUAUGAUCACUCUCUGCAUUGUCAUUGCGACACCAAGAUCAUUCUACCUCGUGAUAUUUUGGAUCUUGUUUGAAAACGUAAUGUCUAUGCACCGGACAAAAGGAACUUUCAUCGGCAUACUCGAAAGACAAAGAGUGAACGAAUGGGUUGUCACUGAGAAAUUAGGAGAUGCUCUUAAGACUAAGCUACUUCCUAGGAUUGGAAAACCUAGUAACAUGUUUCUUGAAAGAGUAAACUCCAAGGAGAUAAUGGUGGGGAUAUACAUCUUGUGUUGUGCUUGCUAUGGACUUUUCUUUGGGAACACAUUGUUAUAUCUCUAUCUCUUCAUGCAAGCGGUUGCUUUUCUCAUAUCUGGAGUUGGCUUUGUCGGCACUUAAAUAUCGAUCACAUUUAGACCUCAAUUUUAGUGUCUAGCUCUUCAACAAGUUAGUUCAUGCUUUGAUUACUCAGUCUCAAGUUAAUUGUGUAAAUUUAGAUUGAUAAUUUCUAGAUGUUUUGUCUAGCUACGUUAGUUUUAUAUCUUGAAUAUCGAAUAAGAUGGUGUUAAUUGUUAUAAUCGUUUUUUAAAUUCUAACA